CCGCCAGCUCGCGCCCUGAGCCGGCCCCGCGCCCCGCGGCCUCUCCCGCCAUGUGAAGCGCAGGAAAAUGAGGAGGCGCAGCCCGGCUGCCCGCGGCAGGGCGCGAGCCUAGAGCGGGGCAAGAUGACCGAGGAGACCCGCCCGGGCGAUGACAGCUAUAUUGUACGAGUCAAAGCUGUGGUUAUGACCCGAGAUGACUCCAGUGGGGGCUGGUUACCGCAAGAAGGAGGCGGUCUCAGUAGAGUUGGCGUCUGCAAGGUCAUGUACCCGGAGGGCAAUGGAAGAAGUAGAUUUCUAAUCCAUGGUGAAAGGCAAAGAGACAAACUGGUGGUAUUGGAAUGCUUUGUAAAAAAGGACUUGAUCUACACUAAAGCAAAUCCUAUAUUUCAUCACUGGAAGGUUGACAACAGGAAGUUUGGGCUCACUUUUCAAAGCCCUGCUGAUGCACGAGCAUUUGAUAGAGGAGUGAGGAAAGCAAUUGAAGACCUCACUGAAGGAUCAACUACUUCCUCUUCAACAAUCCACAAUGAAGCUGAGGUUGGUGAUGAUGAUGUCUUUACAAAUGCUACAGACAGCUCUUCUAAUUCUUCUCAAAAGAGGGAACAGCCUAUACGGACAUUAGCCUCCCCUACAUCCUGCGAGCAUCAUAGAAUUCGCACUCGUGGUCACAUCCAUGACCCGUAUAGCUCUGACCACUACCACCUAGAACAACAGUCAAUAUCAAGAUCCUAUCGACAUGUCAGCUUUCCAGAUGAUGAUGAGGAGAUUGUACGCAUUAAUCCUCGAGAAAAGAUUUGGAUGACUGGUUAUGAGGACUAUCGCCAUGCUCCAACACGAGGGAAGAACUUCGAUACAGAUGAUGUGGACUCGUACGUACGUUUUGCCAAAAGUGAUGCCUCAAAACAUGAAUACACUUACCCUUACGUGGACAACUCAGAGUUUGACCUGGGUGAAGACAUAAAGAGUACUGUGAUAAAGACUCAACCAGUAAAAGUCAAAUCACGACGGAAGGAAGAUGGGGAGAGGUCACGAUGCAUAUACUGCAGGGACAUGUUCAAUCAUGAGGAAAACAGACGGGGUCAGUGUCAGGAUGCUCCCGACCGUGGCAGAAGCUGCAUCCGUCGAGUCAGCUGUAUGUGGUGUGCAGACAGUAUGCUCUAUCACUGUAUGUCUGAUCCGGAAGGAGACUAUACAGACCCUUGUUCAUGUGACACCAGUGAUGAAAUGUUUUGCCUCCGGUGGAUGGCCCUUAUCGCCUUGUCCUUCAUUGCCCCAUGUAUGUGCUGUUACUUUCCUCUUCAGGCUUGUUAUCACUGUGGGGUUAUGUGCAGUUGCUGUGGUGGGAAACACAAAGCAGCUGGAUGACUACAGACAAGUUGAAAAUGUUAUGUUUUUCCUGUAGUUAAGGAGCACAUUGGUUUGGAGCAUUCAAAUUGUUUUUGUUUUUUGAGGGCUUUUUUUGAUGCAGCCAGUGUGCCGAACAGUCCAGAAAGCAGUUGGAUCGCUUACCUUUUGGUCUUCAGGGGCCACUGUGCAUUGAUUGCUCCAGUGUUCUAACAAACUAACCUACAGCAUAGACUCUUGUAAUAUUAAUCUGUAAUCAAACAGACUGUCUUGUACAUGUUUAUAUUUUUUCAGUUAAAAGGCUUUUGAGAUAUUGAACUGUUAAAUGGUGGUGGAUUAUAGAACAUCUCUAGGUUGAAUCUGUCUUGCCUCUGCUUGUUUGAGCAGUACCAUCGAUACCUAGCAAGUUUGGGCACUUUCAGAAAUAGUGUAAUGGAAUAAAUCCCAUUCAGAAGAUGUUUUAACCUGCAAGUCAGCUAUCGUUGUAUAGAAGGUGUGCUAGUAACAAACGUGUACCACAAUACAGUAUUGCUGUCACUGUUUUUAAAGCCAAAAUAGCCAUGUAAGCUGCAGUUUAUCUUUAGAGUCCAUCAUCAUUUCUUUUGGCAAACAUCUUAAAUUAUUUCUGAUGUUCCAUUUAAAUGUAACUGAAAUGAAGGCUCAUUUCCCAUAUAUACUUAGCCAUCAAGAAUCUGAGUCUUCUCCAAGCUGCAUUCAUUUCAGACCAAUACUUGAAAUUAAAUUUACAUUAGGCUUUUUUUCCCUCUAAAUAACUUUAAAAAUAAAACUUUAGUUUUGGAAUUCUAUCCAGUGGAAGGGAACACUUCAUUAUCGUGUAAUGUUGGGGUUAUUUUAUUUGAGAAUAAAACACUAAGAUUCCAGUUUAGUAAGAUUAUGCUACUUGUUGUUAUGUAAGGAAUUAUUGACAAGAUAGCCAUUGCUACUACAAUAGUGGUAGUAUAAUCCAUAGUGAUUUGGGGAAACACUGAAUAGGUUGUGGAUUAUACAGAAAAAAAAAUGUAAAUAUUUGUUCUGUAUAAUGCAUGAGCAUGAGAACUUUAUAUUCACAAAGGGAUCUACAUGUUAAAAUAAUUCUUAGUAAAAUGUAUUUAAAAAUGAAAAUUCUAAAUGGAACAGCCAUUCACAUUUUCAAAGGCCCUGAUCCUCCAGUCGCUUAUGCAUAUGCCAACUUUAUGCACGUGAGUAGUUCCAUUGACUUCAAUAGCACUUACACACAUGUAAAAUUAAGCAUGUGAAUAAGUCUCUGUGGGAUCAGGGUCAAAGUGUCUCCUAUUCACAGCCCAUCUCAUCCCACCCAGCUUUAUCAAGUGAAUGUGUGUGGUUAUAUAAUGCAUACAUCAGGAAAAGAACUCUUUAAUUUUUUUGUUUGUUUUUUUUUUUAAAUAUCAUGUCUUCUGUACAAGGCUUGUAAUUAGCUGGAAAGAGUAUUUUUCUAAUAUAUUACAAGGAAUAGCCAAAUAAUUUUUAUUAAAAAAUGAUUUAGAGCAGUUAGCUAUAACUAGCAUAGUACAAUCUGAAUAUUUUGAGGCAGCUAGGGAUUGGCUUGUCAAAGCUGGCACUGCUGUUCCUGCCAUAAUUUCUUUCUGCAGUAAAUUGCCAGUGAGUGCAUGCCCUUUCCCUCCCUCUUAUUGCACAUUGACAUCAGUCUUAAAAGAGAAUUUUUUUCUUUUUUCUUUUACCAAAUAGAAUUAAAUGCUUGCCACUCUUGCUGGAAUGGCCCUACAGUUCCUCUGAGUUAAUCACAGCUUUUAGUAAACCAUCAGUUAAGUAUGCAAUGUGCUUAUAUACUAUAGAGUUCAGUAGAGUUUAAUUUGUAGCAGUUGCUGGUUGUAGGAUGGAAAACAUGAAUGAUGACAGAAAGAGAUGGAGUUUUGUUCUUGGUAAUGUGUCUGGGUUCACUGAAUGAAAUACAAAUACUUUGUGCCUGAUAGCAAAAGACAAAUCUUUCCAUGGUGUCUAGUUAAUCAAGCCAGACUCGAAAAGAUGUGAUGGAACAACCUUUUUUUGCAAGUUGUUUCAUGUAAGCAAACAUCUGUAAGGUCUUGCCUCUACAAAGCACAACACUACGAAGAGAUCUUACAGUUUUUUGUCAAGUCUCUUAAGUGCCCCUAUUUAUUUAACUAAAGUAGGCGUACUCCAAGCCUUUAUGUAUGUCCUCUUUUUAAAAAUUCUUCCCCACCCCUCUUGGUUUUUUUUGUAAUACUUGUAGACCUUCCACGCAUGUUCUUUGGUUUGUGAAGGCAGUGGCGCAAGGGCACAAUGAUAGAAAUGGUUGGGGGGGUUUUUGUAAAUAUUUCUCAAUUAUCUCCACACUGCAGCUGAACAGUGUGUAGUGUUUUCCCAGUCAGCUUUGCAAUACUGACAUCAAUCAUUUGAGAGAAAUUAUUCAGAUUUUAUUUUUAUAUCUGUGGUAACAAAACAUUAACCAAAAGUUUUUGGGGGGAUUUUUUUUCUUCCUGUUGUGAAAAGAUUUUUUUUUCCAAGCUAUUGCUCACAUUAACAAAUUAAAGUGCCUGAAGCCUCCAUCAUUAUGUAUCUAUAUACUAAAAGUUAAAACCCUGUUGUAUUGAUUUUUUAUAAGCCUUUUUACCUCUGUGUAAAAAAUAUAUAUACAAGUGUAUGAUGUACAUUUUAGUUCUUAACUUCUUUUUUUAUUGUUUCUAAUAUGUAUGAUCAGUGUAGCUAUUGCUUUAAAAUGUACCAUGUAAAUAUAAAUACAUCAUAUCAGAAA